AUGCCUGGGGUUUACGAUAGAUUCAACAAGGAUCUAUCAAAUGGUAUCAGAGCAGUUGAUGCUAGGGAAAAAAUGAUAGCAAAUGAACAACAACAACAAUCUCUGUGGAUUCAACAACAAGCAAAGGCACAUAGAGAGCUGAAGAUCAUCCGAACAGAGUUGCUAGAGAUGGUGAAGAUAAUGGAGAUGCAUCAGGAAGGGAUGGAGGCUGAGAAGGCUAAAUGGAGACAAAUUUACUACUCAACCUUGAAGGAGGAGGAAGUAGUCAAUGAAGAGGAAGAAGAAUCAUUGAAAGAUACUGAGUUGGAAUCGGAUGAUGAUGAAGAAUCCUUGGAAGUUACGGAGUUGGAAUCGAAACCUAUGAUGGAACCUCAGCUUCCACCAUCACUGCUGCCGGCCCCACCGCUUUCUCCACCAGUGCUGACACCACCGCCAUCGUCCGAUAAUGAAGAACUAUCUUCGGAAGUUGAAUAUUCGGAAUCGGAAUCCGAGUCAACUCUGCAGCUCCCACAACCAAUGCUGCCGCCGACAGAACCAACUCCGCCGACGUCUCCACCUCCAUUAGCGCCGCCGUCUCCACGACCUCUAGGGUGCGAGAACAGAAAAAUGGAGAUGCCAUUGUUGAGCGGUAACAAUGCUAAAGGUUGGAUCCUUGAGGAGAAAAUGUAUUUCACGUUCGACCAACUGCAAAAUGAUGAUAAGAUGAAGGUUGUGACGAUGUCUUUAGAGAGUCACGCCCUGUUUUGGCUCGAGUGGAAGCAUCGAAGGUGCCCAAUACGAGAUUGGGAAGAGCUGAAAGGUUUACUUCGUCGACAAUUCCAAUCUUCAGAAGCCGGAGGGGAGCGAUGCUCGACGUUUUACCCGGUCGGAACGCAAACAAGAGUCAAACGGAGCUUGUUAGAGAAGACGGUGACGUUAAAACAAGUAACGGAAGAGGUAGGUUUAGGUUAUCACGAAAUUGGGCUUAACCGGGAUAAGUGGGCUACAAUCAAUUUUUGUGGCCCAUAUCAUGUGAAUCGGACCAUUGGUUUACUGGGAUAA